AUGUCUAACAGCUUCUGCGAUCCUUUUCAAGGCCUCGAGACCUCACCCGAGGCGGAAGCCCUUGCAGCGCGGGUGGUCUUCGAGUGCUUGCACGGCCCUAUUGUCCCCACAAAAGAUCCACUUGAUGGACCCAGCUUGUCCGCGCCGCCGCAAGGAAGGGCGAUAUCCGGCGCAGCGCCGACCAUGGCGGAUGGGACGGGUUUGCCCCAAACUUCGUACCAUGGGGUCAUGCGAGACGGACCUUGGCUCAUGGUGCAGAAUCCCGCGCAAGUGGCACUGGAUGCGCAGCCGUCAUUGAGCACGACGUAUGCGAACGGAUUCGCUCCGUUUUCCCUUCAGGAGCCGAUGAAUGUCGGUGUCUGGCAAUUGAAUAGUCAGCGCAACCACCCAGUUCACCAAUGGCCAGUGGAAAGUUCUGGGGGCAUUAUUGGACAGCAAAACGCUGAUCCCUUCAGUGCAGCACCCUCUGGUCAGCGAGAAAGUGUAGGCGGCUACAUCCCUGAAGCCUUCGAAGACUGGUCGAAGAUCGGAGAUGGUUGGGAUGGCAGCUUCCUCUGUGACCCUCAAGUCGAACCACUGCCGUGUUUCGGAAAGCAAGCGACGUCGUUUAUCACCGAAACUGCUAUAGUUCCGAUAUCGGUGCCAUUAUUGGAUGCUGCGCCUCAUAGUUUGGCUGAACUCAGCGGCAACACUGGGCCCUCGAUCAGUGGACGACGGGUUCCAGACGAGGCGGGACGGACCUCCCCCAUCCCUCCGUUGGCAAAAAGUAAUCGGACCGCCCAUACGAUACAUGGUCGAUAUAGUAGCAAACAGAUAGGAUUCGACUCUCCUGAAAUUCUGGACUCGGCGGGGUCGACACCGUAUUUGCGCGGUGGCACAUCCAUAUCGUCACCUUGGUCAAAUGCAACACCGAUGCUCGAGUCGAGACCAGAUACGCCAGUCCAGGGAAGACUUGUGAGCAGUCACCACGACAUACUCAGCAAACCCAAAUAUACGAAAGACCGCCUCCCGACGAGGUGUGGAGGAGGCGGUCGUAUAGCUAGGCCCGCUGACGCCGACGUCAUUCCGGCAUCAUACAGCGGUCUGAGCACGGAUAGUCCCAGAGAGGGAAAGGGAGUGUCCAUCCCAUGGCAAGAGCCGAGCGGCACAAGGCCACUGAACAGAGGGGGUAGGGCCAGAACUAUGCCUCGAGCGAACCAAGUGACAGGCUUGCCCAAACCGCAGGCGAUCCUAGACAGGGUUCGUGCCCAGAAGCAUUGGGGGGACGACGUAUACAAACUGUUACCUGAAUGGAAAUCAAAGGAAAUCGACAAAGAAUGGAAAUGUCGAUGGCGUCGUUCCAUCGUCCCCGGAGAGACUGGACGAGUCAAAUGGAGCGGGGAACGGCAAUGCAAGAGAGUUUUCAGGACCAGAGGUACCUGGACGAGGCACGUGACGGAGCACCAUAUGGGCAUCCGAAGACACAGAAAGAGCAAGGGAGAAGAAUCUCGCUCUCCCCCUUCAUCCCCUGAAGACGAGCAAGAAGGAUCGACCUCCGACAAAUAG